AUGAAGUCAGUAUUGUUCUUCUGUCUAUUUUUUGCUGCUCACUCACACGCAGAAAUCGCCGACAACUCCAUAGAUGAGGUCUCGCUUCUCCUAAACGAGACCCUCCAGACAUCUGCGCCACUUGACCUUGAUAAAGAAAUCCGAGCGAUUGCCUAUGCCAACCUUACUGCAGAGGAUCACAAAAGGUUUUCCGAUAGGAUGGAUCUAAGACCAGCCCAGAAGCUUAUUGGUCGCUCAGAGUUACGUUCUGCUCUCGGAUUGGAGCCACGUGGAUCUAACUACAGUAGGACAACAAAUGACGGAAACGAUACCUCUAUAGAGGACUACUAUGAGUGGAAGGAGCCGAAAGUCGGAAUACGUGUUGAUAAGAACGCUACAAUGGCCGCCUCGUUUUUGGAUAUGCGGUUUCCAGCGAUUCGAACUAUUUACAACCAAAAGUUUCAAGGAAUUCUCGAACGACCUGAAGCGAAUGGGACGAUUAGCAGAGAAGACGUUGACCUAUUGACUUCGGAGUAUUAUGUCAUUGCCAAGAGAUUGGAUAGAGCAUUAAACAAACUGGAGCUACGUGAUAUAAUUGCAGAGGAUCCGGAUAUUCCGUUUAUCGUUAAAUUUUUUGCCAGUAUUGCCGACGGAUUAAAGGCCAUACCAUUCACUUCACUUCUGAACAUCGAGGAAGAGCUCGCCAACAUCUCCAUUUCUUGCUUAUCCCAUCGAGAUCACGAGGAAAUAACUGGCAACACACUUCGCUAUGGGUUUGCAGAGACUUUCAACUCAAUCUUGAUAAAUCACGCACAAUUGCUUAUUGGUAUGAUAGAAAUGCGUGCGGCGCUGGGAAUGCCACCACGUGGACCAUGGAAACGUGCAAGGAUUCUGAGUGAAGAAGAUAUUCUGGCGGCGCCGACGAUCGAAGAAUACUAUGAGAGACGGGAGGAGAGUAUGAAUUCUCUGAAUCUCGAUAGCCGGUUUUUCUUGGAGAAAAACUUCCCACCGGUUAUCGCGUUUUUGGAUAAAAGAUUCCCUACGAUUCGAGGAAUCUAUCGACAGGAAUUCCGGAAUGCAAAGAAGGUAGUGGAUAGAGAAGAUGUGGAUUCAAUGGUUCACAAAUUUCGCCAGAUGGCCGGUCGUAUGGAUGAGGCAGUAGACAAUAUGAGAAGAGAAUCUUUUACUUGCUAUCUUGCAAAUAAGGAUAAGCUAGAGAAUUAG